AUGUUGCUCCUCCUUGCCCCACUAGUCGCGGUCUACCAGUAUGUUUUGGAGCCGGUCGCGCCCUUCACUUGGUUUGGGCUUUCGUUUUCCCUGCUCGACAUUGCUGCAGCACUUCGAACGUGUGUCGCGCUGCGUCAGCUGAAAGAGGGCUUUCACGCACGACAUGUCGCGAAGAAACAGGCCUCAAAGGAAGUGACUAUCCAGGAGGUUGAGGAUCGAUCUUUCGUGCGAGAUGCUACCGCUACACUCAUGGUUGUGUUUGGAGGCGAGCUUAUGACGGCCCCUGCCCUAGGCAUACCGUCUUCAUUCAUGAUCUCAGGGACUGUGCCCGCAUUCUACACGGCUAUUCAAGCACUCGUCAACCGUCUCCCAGCGGUCCCCACGCCUUCUCUCCAGACCGAGCUCCCGGUCUCUAUUCUAGAUGGAUUUACGCGUGCUAUGCUCCUUUGUAACAUUAUACCCCCGAUGAUUGUCAACCAUUCAUCGCAGGCGAUAUCUACAUCUCCCUGGUCGUUGCUACUAACGUCCCUGGUUACCGCCAAUGGCGGAUGGUUCUGCGUGAACCUUCUAUCGUUCCUCCAGCCCUAUGCUCUCACGCUCACUACGCCCCCUGAGUUCAUGGCAUACGGCUGGACGGCCACCGACUUAUGGUGUGCACCGCUCGUAACAGGGCUGUAUGCGCUUUUGACGCACGCACAGCCCUUCUGGGCCGAGGCACAUGCCGCCACUUUGGGGUGGUGGGGCUCUGCAACCGACGAGAAGGUAGAAGCGGUGGACCCUGAGUAUGCCCGUGCGCUGUGCGCAGUGGUGUUGGCGACGAUGUUUGUGACGCGGACGGUCAAGACGUUCGGCACCGCGCAGAACAAGAUUGGGCCGGUUCCAGGCCCCAAGCUGAAAGUUCAGUAA